GUAUAAUCAAUGUCAAAAUCGCGUAGUUAGUCUUCGAUUCCAGCGUUUUUAUAGAAAACUUAUGAUAUUUUAGAAGUAGAUAUUUAUAUUUAUGCACAGAAUCCUCAAUUACAGGAUAUUGUAGGGUGGAAUGAGGAUGGUUCAGGGUUUUUGGUGAAGAACGUAAUAGCCUUUUAGGAUCAAGUGUUGCCAAUGUAUUUUAAGCACAGGAACUUCGCAUCUUUUGUUAGAUAGGUAAUGAGGGAGAAAUUAAUAGGGAUUAGAUGAACAUGUAUGGAUUUCAUAAAUCAAGAAGUGAUCAGAAGGAGAAUGAGUUUAUUCACCCUCAUUUUAAGAAGGAUCAACGGUGAGUAUGAUUGAUUAUGUUAGAAAUCUGUUGAAGAAGAUAAAGAGAAAAUCAGGGGAACACGGUGAAGAUUAGUUUGCCAUAAUGGAAUUGAAACCUCAUCGAAAUCAAAACAUAUCAGAUGUANAUAUAAUUAAUGAAUUCAUAUCAUAAAUUAAAAAAAUAAAAGUAAUAUUCUCUCUCAUAAAUUUAAAAAUGGUAAAUCCUAAGUUAAUUGAACUAAUUAAUGAUAUUAAUGCCCUAAAAAUACAAUAGUAAGAAGAGUUAAGAUCUGUAAAAUAUUGGGGUAAAAUGGAAAAAGAGUUUGCAAAGAAUAAUAAUAGAUAAAUAUUAACAAUUAAAUGAUAUUUUGUAUUUUAUUAGUAUAAGGAAAUAGAUGAUCAUAAAAUCUGUCACCAAGGGUAAACACUCUGUGAAAACAAUGUAUUGAAUAAUUUAAAUGAGGUUUACAAUUGGGAUCUUAGAUAAUAAUAUGUUAUAUUUGAUAUGGGCUUUGAGUCAAAGUAUUAAAUCCUUUUUAAUAAACAAUAGGAAUAUUAAAAGAAUAAAACUUAGAAUUUUUGAAAAGUAAGGGAAAAUAGAAUCAUAAUUCAAGAAUGAAGGGAAAUCAUCAUAACUCUAACAAUAAUUAAACUCCUCAUUCAAUUAAGAUAGGGUGCUGAUAUUUGAUCCUAACUAGGAAGGUGAAUUGUAAUAGCAAGGAGAAGAUCUAGUCGUGAAAGAUUCAAGUUGGAGCAUUUAUGAUGGUGAAAUAAUCCAAGUGUGA